AUGCUAUAUGUGGAUGAAGCAUGUCGGAGUUUUUUAUGCCGUAUAGCACUUACUGUGGUUUUAAUACGAGCCGGAAUUGGUGUAGAUUUAGACGCAGUAAAAAAAACCAAGAGCCUAAUUUGUCGUCUCGGCGUAGUCCCACCAAUUGUUGAAGGGGUUGUAAUUUUUGCUCUGGGAACAUUAAUUUUACCGAUGGAUCUAAAAAUGCAGUUAUUGUUCGCCAUUAUCUUAGCACCAACGUCACCAGCAGUUGUUAUACCGACAAUGUUGGGUUUUAUGAAAAAAGGUUACGGGACACUUACGGGGACGUCAUCGGCGAUUAUUGCGUCAAGUACCAUUGAUAACAUCAUUUGUAUUGUUGCCUACAACGUUCUUGUAUCAGUAGUUUUUUCAUCAGUGCUGUUACGAUACGAAUUUUCGAUACAGUUUACUGCCGCGGUACUUGGUGUCAUCAUUGGAAUCUUUGGUGGCUUUAUUUUUCGAAUACAUCCACAUAUCGGUUCCAAUAAUUUGCAUAUUGUACGUGCUAUAUUACUAUUUUCGGUAUGUGCAGCAUUGAAUUUUGUCAGUCUAGCAAUUGAAAUGUCGACAAUGGGUGUAAUUGCAACAGUUCUGAUGAGUUUUACGGCAUCUAAUGGUUGGAAAAAAACUAUGGAAUCCAAAUUUUACCAUGAAGCAGAAAUAUUCACAUUUAUUUGGGACUAUUUUGCUGUCCAAAUGCUGUUCAGCCUUAUUGGUUUUCAGUUUCAACUAAAUCAA